AUGUCGUCGGAUCCGGACGAACCGAGCAACAAGUCUGUGAAGGAGCUCAGCAGCCUCUUCGGUAAACGAGUCACAGCCAAUAAAGGAGCUCCCGCUGCUUACGUGGCGAAACUUCACGCUGCCAAUGCGAGCGCUGGCUCCUCCAGCGAACUUCCGAAAAUCACGCGUCGGUCCUCUGGACCGGUCGUAAGCACGGAAGAUUUAAUCCGGCAUCCGUCAGGCGGUUUUCCAAGCCCGCAGUCUUACGACGGAAAUGCGUCAGAACCCAGAGACUUUAAGGACGAUCUUAAGGGGGACUUGAAGCAGGAAGCUAAAGGGCCGGCACCUGGCCGAUUAGGGCUCCGGCCGGUUGGGUCUAGCGCAGCGAAAGGCCCGCGACCAUCGUCAGAUCCUGUGGGAGGUUCCGCUGAUUCCGUCAGGGAUGGGACGAAAGAAUCGCCUCGGGAUUCCCGAACCAAGGCGAAAAGCCGCGCAGGUUCCGAGCCUGAGCCGCUAGGCUUGUCUUCCCCAGGCUCGUCCGCCAAGCCUGCUGCUGCGAAGGCGUCGCCAACUCAGCGGUCGUUUUCGCCGGGCGGGAACUACACGCGGGAAGAAAUUCGUAAGAUGGAGACGAUGCUGCGCAAGUUUGAGGAGGACCUGGAGCUGAGCAACUUCGAGCUGGCGGCGCUGAAGGCGCGGCACAUGGAGAAGGUCAGCCGGCUGAAGGUGGUGGAGGAGGAGAUCGUCAUCAGCGAGCAGCGCAACAAGAGCCUGCAGCUUGCUCUGGCUGCUAUGGAGAAGGAAAUGGCGUCUUUUGAGUCUGCCAAGGCCAAGAUGAGGAAGAAGAUGGAGGAGGAACAGGCGGCUAAGACAGAAGAAGCAAUCCGGGCAGCCCUGAAAGAUAUUGAUGACGGGCAGGUGGCUCCUCUGAAGGCUGAGGUCGAUUCUCUCCGGGCAGCCGCGGAAGUUAUGACUGCUGAGCUGGCAGCUGCCCGGGCUGCCCUGGCGGCGAAAGAGGCGGAGAUGUUGGUUGCUGAGUCAGAGAAUGAGAAGAUUUCUGGGCAGCUGAGUGAGGAAGAGACGAAUCACAAGGUGACACUUGGCGAGCUGGGGGAAGCGAGAGAAGAGGUGGAAAGGGCUCGGAAAGUGGCUGCAGAGACGGAAAAGGAGCUGGAUGAGCUUAAAACGAAACACGAGGAGGCUUGUAACGAGUUGGAGGGGCUGCAAGGGAAGCAUAAAGGGACGUGUGAGGAGCUACAAAGGCUUAAAGAGGAAAUAGAGUCACUUAGGGGUGAGAAUAAAGAGGUAACGGAGGAGUUGGAAGCGGUGAGGGGGGAGUGGGAGGCAAGGGGGAAGGAAUUAGAGGUGCUGGCGAAAGAGAAGGGGGAAAUGGAAGAGGCGAUGGAGGGUAUGAGAGGCAAGUGCGAGGAGCAAGGGAGGGAGCUGGAGCAGCUACAGCAGCUGCAUGAUAAAACGAAUAACGAGUUGCAUGUUAUGGAGGAUGGGAACGAGAAGCUGCAGAGGGAAGUGGAGGUUUUGAAGGGCGAAUUGGAAGGGGUGAGGGGAGAGAAAGGGGCGGCGGAGGGGGAGAUAGGGAAGCUGAAAGCGAGGGUUGAGGAGGCGGAGGGGGAGAUAGGGAAGUUGAAAGAGAGGGGAGAGGAGAGGGAGAGAGAGAUGGUGGCGUUGGAAGGGAGGAAUGAGGAGGCGAGGAAGGAGGCGGAGGAGUGGAAGGGGAAGCAUGCGGAGCUGGGGAAGGAGUUGGAGGAGGUGAGAAGAGCGAAAGAGGAGGAGAUACGGGAGAAGGACGAGGAAAUGCAGGCGAAGGAGGAGGAGAUUCGGGAGAAGGAGGAGGUAAUACAGGCGAAGGAGGCAGCCGUUAGAGAAGCAUUGAAAGAAGCGGAGGAUUUGAGGGAGAGAGUGGCGGAGAGAGACGGACAGGUGGGGGAGCUGGAGCAGAGGGUGGGGGACUUGCAGCAAAGGGUAGAUGAGCAGGGGAAGGAGAUUGAAGGUUUGAAGGGAGAGGUGGAGGAGGAGAGGAAGGGGAAGGUGGAGGUCGAGGCGGCUUUGGCCGCGGCUCAUGGGGAGAUGGGGGAACUGAGGGAGAGAAUUGAGGGGUUGGAAAAGGAGGUGGAGGAGGAGAGGAAGGGGAAGGGUGUGGCUGAAGGGGCGCUUGCGGUUGCUACUGGGGAGGUGGGUGCUUUGGGAGCGAAGGUUAGGGGUUUGGAAGAGAAGGUGAGGGGGUUAGAGGAGGAGGUGGAGAGGGAGAGAGGAGGGAGGGAGGAGAGGGAGAAAAAUCUUGAGAAUGUGAGGAAAGAGAGGGAUGAUCUGGUAAAGGAGAGAGAUGAGGUGAGGAGGGAGGUAGAGGAAGUGAGAGGGGAGAACGGAGAGUUGCAUGAGAGGAUAGAAGAGAUGGAAGGGAGUAUGGCGGAAUUGGGGAUGGGUAGGGAGGCGGCGGAAUUGGAAAAGGCGGAAACAGAGAGACAGCGGAAAAAGGAGAUUGCAGCAAGGGAGGCGGUUGAGAGCCAGUUGGCAGCAGCGCAGGGCGAGUUAGAGCAGAGAGUAAAGGAAGUAGAGGAAGUGACUAAAGCGAAGGGUUUGUUGGAAGAGGAGGUGAAGCAAGUGAGGGGGGAGUUGGGGGGGAGGGAGGAGGAAUUGGCAGAGCUGACGGGGAAGCAUGAGGUGCUGACGUCAGAGCACCAAGCGCUGAUGUCGGAGCAUGAGGAGCUGAAGUCAGCAAACGAGAAGCUGACGUCAGAAUGCGCUGCGCUGGCGGCAGCGCAGGCAGCUCUGGCAGUCAAGAUUGAGGAGGUGACUAUAGCGAAGGAAGGGUUGAUGAGUGAGCUUGAGGAGGAGAAGGAGGGGCGGGUGGCUGUAGCUGCUGAGCUGGCAGAAUCGUAUUCUGAUCUGGCUGGCAUCCAUGCUGAGCUGGAAGCGCUGACUGCCACGUAUGAUUCCCUGAAGAAAGAUCACGAGGCACUGAAUGAGCGGUACAGUGCGAUGAAGAGCGAUUUAGAGAGUAAGUCUGGAGAGGCAGGGGGGCUGGUGGAGGAAUUAAACAGAGUGAGGGAGGAGAGGGAUGAGGGGAAGAAGAGAGAGGAGGAGGGGAGGAAGAGAGAGGAGGAGGGAAAGAAGAGAGAAGAGGCUUUGACUGCUGAACUCGAGCAGGCACAAGGGACGGUUGAGGGGUUGAAGGGGGAGUUGGAAUCUUCCAAGAAAGAAAAUGAAGAGCUUAUAGGAAAGCUCGCCGCUACUGUUACCGAACUUGGAGCUGCCGAAGCUGCAACAGAGGCUCGGGAAGCGGAGCUGGCAGAGGUUCGGGCCGAGCUGGAGGGAGUGGCAAAGGAGAAAAGCGAGCGGGAGGAGGAGGUGGGGAAGGCGAGGGGGGAGAUAGACGUUUUGGAGAAGGAGAAAGAGGGAUUAAAGGGAGAGAUGGAGAGAUUGACCCAGGAGAAAGAGGCUCUUAUUGUGAGCCAUGCUGCUGCUCUGGCUGAGGUGGUAGCUGCCAAGGAGGGUGUGGAAGAAGAGUUGAAGAGAUGGCAGGAGAAGCAGGAGCAGACGGUGAAGGAGUUGGAGGGAGCGAGGGAGGAGGCGGAGGAGAGGAGGAGGGAGGCGGAGGGGAAGGAGAAGGAGCUGCUGGCUCGGGCUGAAGCUGCGGAGGUGCGGGUGGGUGAGCUGGAGCAGGCUCGGGACGAGGCUGCGGCUAUGGCUGGGGAGACCCAGAAAGCUUUGGAUGCUGCUAAUGAGGAGAUUGUGACUGUAAAGGGGGAGCUGGAGAAGAAGGAGGGGGAGAGAAAGGAUCUAGAUGAAGCAUUGGCAAGGGAGAGGGAUGAGAAAGAAAGGCUGAGUGCAGAGAACGAGCGGCUUAAAGAGAAAGUGGAGACGCUUUUAGAGGGGAUGGAUGGGACCAAGCAUGGGCUGGCUGCUGAGGUGUACGCCCAUGAAAAGACAAGGGAAGAGCUGGUAGAGACAAAAAAGGCUCUAGAGGAAGUGAGAGGGGAGCUAGAGGGAGUGAGGGGAGAGCUAGAGGAAGUGAGAAGGGCGUUGGAGGAGAGUGAGGAGGGAAAGAAGGAGGCGGAGGAGGAUUUGGAGGGGGCGCUUGCUGCUGAGGCUGCUGCCAGGGCGGAAGCUGCUGCUGCGUCGGCGGCAGCAGUGGCAACGGCAGCGGCUAAGGAUGGAGAGCUGGGAGAGAAGGAGCGGGAGAUCGGGCAGGUGAAGGAAGAGCUUGGGCAGGUGAAGGAGGAACUUGGGCAGGCGAAGGGUGAUGUGGAACGUUUGACUGAGGAGGUUCGGGAGAAAGAGGAGAGGAUAGCAGGGCUUGAGGAAGAGUUGAAAGAGGCUCGGGCUAGUGCCGAGGCUAAAGAGGCUGCUGCGGCUGCGGCUGCUGCUUCUGCUGCUGCUGCGGCUGCUACAGCGGCUGCUGUGAAAGAAUCCGCGAAAAUGUCUGAAGGAGAGGCGCAGAGGAAGGUGCAAGAGCUGCUGGAAAAGUUGGAGGUAUUGGAGAGGGAGAAGAGGGAGGGGGAAGAGAGGGAGGAGGGGUUGAGGGAGGAGUUGGAGGCUGCUAAGGAAGCAGAGGAGGAGGCGAGGGAAGCUGCGAGGAUGGCAGCGGGUAGGGCGAGUGAGAUGGUGGUGGUGAUGGAAGGGGAGAUGGAGGGGUUGAGAGGGAGGUUGAAGGAGCGAGAGGAGGAGGUGGAGAGGGGUAAGGAGGAGUUGGAGAAGGUGAGAGGGGAGUGGGCGGCUGAGGUGGAGCGGUUGGGGAGAGAGAAGGAGGAGGCUAUUGGGGAGGUUGAGAGGGAGAAGGAGGAGUUGCGGUGUAAGAUGGAACAGGAGAAGGGCGAAUUAGAGGAGCAGUUGAGGCAGCUUACAGAGAGGAUAGGGGAUCUGGAGGAAGGAAGGAGUGGACUGGAGGCAGCUGGGGUGAAACUGGCUGGUAGGAUCGCAGAGUUGGAGGAGGAACGGGAUCAGUUUGAAAGGGAGAGAGAUGGGGUACAGGGGGAGAGGGAUAAGCUUGAGGAGGAGAGGGGGAGAAUGGAGGAUGAGUUGAGGAAGGAGGAGGAGAGAGUGAAGGAGCUUGAUGAAGAGACGAAGGACGGUGAGGAACUGGCUCGGGCCGAAGCUGCAGAUGCUAAGCAGGCAGCGGCGGCGGCCCAAGCCGAGGCUGCCGAGGCUAGAUUAGCUGCGGAAUCGGCUUUGGCCGAAGCUGUGGAGGCUCGGGAACGUGCGGAGAAAGCGGAGGAGGAGUUGGAAGCGGUGCGGAGGGAGAUGGAGGGGUUGAGAGCGUCAGAAGCAGCAGCGAGGUCAGCAGCUGAAGAGGCCAAGUCUGGGGGUUCGGUGCGGCUUGCGGCUAGUCUUUGGCGAGCCAGGGUGAAUCAAGCGAUGGCGUCGGAGGGCGGGAUGCCGCCAACAGGGGGAGGUGGCAAGAAGGGCGGAGGCGGGUUCACUGCGCAGUUUAGAGACGUCAGCUCGGGUGGGGGGGUUCCAGCAUUCCCGGAGCCCCACAAGACGAAGGUCAACAAAGAUACUCCGCCUGAACCUGAGUCCGCCAAGUGUGGAUGUGUCAUACUCUAA